CGAUCCCCCGUGUAAGAGUGAGGUGGAGGAGGACAUUCCAGGAGAUGUCACCACAGAAAAUCCCAAUGAGAGUUCUGAGAAAAAUGUCAUGUUAUCAGUAAAUUAUAAAGUAGAAGAUGAAGAUGUGAUGCAGUGCUUUUCUGAAGGAAACCCCAUUACCCUUAAUGUACAUCCAGGAUUUCAUAGUACAGAUCUGUCAUAUAAUCUCCCUAAUCACGAGGAACCUUCUCCUGACCAAUCACGGAUAGGUCAGAAAGGGGGUGAAAUGUUUCAGUGUGGUAAAGAGUUGACAAGAAGUUCAAGCAUUUCUAUACGCAGAAGAAUUUACACAGAAAAGAAGCCAUAUUCCUGUUCAGAAUGUGGUAGAUGUUUCUCAUAUAAAUCAAAUCUUGUUAAACAUGAGAGAAUUCACACAGGAGAGAAGCCAUAUUCAUGUUCAGAAUGUGGGAAAUGUUUUGUUACAAAGGCCAAAGUUAGGGUUCAUCAAAGAAGUCACACAGGAGAGAAGCCGUAUUCAUGUUCAGAAUGUGGGAAAUGCUUUACACAAAAAUCAUAUAUUGUUACACAUGAGAGAAGUCACACAGGAGAGAAGCCAUAUUCAUGUUCAGAAUGUGGGAAAUGUUUUACAGAUAAAUCAAGUCUUGUUACACAUGAGAGAAUUCACACAGGAGAGAAGCCGUAUUCAUGUUCAGAAUGUGGAAAGUGCUUUUCAGAUAAAUCAAGUCUUCGUAGACAUGAGAGAGUUCACAAAGGAGAGAAGCCGUAUUCAUGUUCAGAAUGUGGGAAAUGUUUUACACAGAAAUCGAAUCUUGUUACACAUGAGAGGCAUCACAGAGCGGAGAAGCCAUAUUCAUGUUCAGAAUGUGAGAAGUGCUUUAAAGUUAAAUCAAGUCUUAUUCGACAUGAGAGACUUCACACAGGAGAGAAGCUGUUUUGAUCUUGUAUAUGUGCACAAUAUUUUACAAGUAAAUCAGAUUUUAAGGCUCAUUAGAGGAUUUUCACAGGGAAGAAUGUAGGAAAUAUUACGAAUGCCAAGUUUAGGGAUCAUUAGAGAAGUCACACAGGAAAGAAACCAUUUGAAUGUUCUAUAUGUGGAAGAGGUUUUACAAAGAAAUCAAGAUUUAAAGCUCAUCUAAGAAGAAACCAUAGUCUUGUAUGAAUUGUUGAAAAUGGUAUGAAAUGCAAAAAUGAAUAAAUAAAUGUAACAGCCAAU